GAUCCCUCCGUUUCCUUUCUUCCACGCAAAGAAAGAAGCCAAGGCAAGUUCUUGUUCUUGAGCGCGCGAGGAGCAGGCGGAGAGCAUCGACGAUGGCGAGCGGCAGCAUGAAGAGGGAGAUCAGCGAGACCCACGACACUCUCCGCUUCGGCCUCAACGCCGGUGUCAAGGCUGACCUCGCGCCGCCGCACCCGCUCCAGUCCACCAUCCAAUCGGAGGCCAAGUUCUGGGCGGACAAGAAGAAGUUCGGGACAGAGGCCAUCUACGGAUCCGCCUUGAACAUCCGCAAGGAUCUCGAUGCCCAAAUCCUCUCCAGGUUCCAAAGACCUCCUGGUGCUUUGCCAUCAUCUUUGCUUGGAUAUGAGGCACUGACAGGUUCCCUGGAUGAUUUUGGAUUUGAAGAUUAUCUUAACAUGCCUCAAGAUUCUGACAGUUUCCGUCAACCGGAUAUGCACCACGGAAUGGAGGUUCGCCUUGGUUUGUCCAAGGGGCCUAUCUGCCCUAGCUUCAAUUGAGGCAGUGAAUGUAGUUCUGCCGCACGUUGUGCACCUCAGUUCAGUACUUUGGUCAAUAGACCAUAUUAUGAUCGUGAAACGUGAAAACUGAUGGCUUGCAUCUGUUCAGUGUUGUGUUUCAAUUAACACCAAAUUUAAUAUUUUUCUAGUUUGAACUUCGAUUCCAAAUUUAAUAGUUUUUUUCGCAAAAAAAUUGUCUGGUACUAUUAACCCAAGAACGGUACUUUUAAACCAAGAACGUUUGAAGAACGUAUUCUUUUUUCA